UCAAUGUCCAACAUUUUCAUGAAUGAUGAUCACAACCUACCGAGAGUUGUGUAAAUAAUAUAAUUAAUAAUUUUAAUGUUAGAAAAUGCUAGAUACAAACGCGUACAUUAAAUGUGUUGUACCAAUUAGAUAGUGUUGUGACUGGACGAUCAAGUUUGCCGAUUUUUAUGACAAUAAUUUGACCCACCAUGUCAUCAAGCCCGUUUCCAUACACUUGCGAGCUAUGUGGCGCAGAAGGGUUGACCGACGAGGGCAUGCGAUCCCACACGCUGGAAGCGCAUGUGGCCGGAAGACCUGAGUGUCCCUUCUGCGAUAGUGUGGUGCCGCAGCCGCAACUUGUCGGCCAUGUUCAGAGGGCACAUCUGCAUUACCUCACGCCUGAGAGGGAGCUGAUGGCGUUUAUUGAUGAUCAGAGUCCAAGCUACGACGAGGAUUCGAAAAUGACAACCGAUAGCUGCAGCUACAACACGCCAGGCUCAAUCAACGGCUGGCACAGCCCCGACAACACAUCUUCCUACCACAAUGGGGCCAUUUCAAAAAACAUCAAUUAUCACAAUGGGUAUCAGGAAAAAGACAAUAAAGAUAAAGAUAACUAUAGAAGCGACAGAGACGACGACAGAGGGAAGAAUAUUUACGAUUUGACUAAUGGCCUCUCUAACGGAUUGAAAAAUAUAAAUAUUAGCAAUGGUGUUGUGCCUAAAAAGCUCAAGAGUAGGCAAAAUUCUCAUGAAGGUGACAGCAACGUUGAUAAAAGAGGUGUCCAUUCAAGUCCAAGUCAUAACUCUAGCAGUUACGAAGGAUCGCCAAAUAAAAAUAAGCUCAACGUGGCUGGAGCUGGCCAAGGUUCACCAUUACGAUCUCAAUUAGCUUUAAAAUUAAAACCCAAUACGCCUAAAAAGGCUCCUACCCCGAGUCCAACGGUGCAGUGUCUUCUGUGUGAUUUUACAUCAACAUGUCCGCGAAAACUGGAAGAGCAUAUAAAUCGAGCACAUUUCGAUCUCACGUCUCCAUCUCUGAAUGCGAAUGCAAAUUCUAACUCAGAGAACCCGACUCUGGGCCUGUCGAAUCCCACGAUAACGUUGGAGAACCCGACAUUAGCCCUCAGCGCAAUGGCGAUGUCCCCGGGUCCCCACAGUUCGAGUUUUCAGUGUCCGAUUUGCGAACGCGAAUUCGCAAACGGAUCGGAUGUCGAAGUUCAUGUAAAUGUAGAGCACAGGGAUAUACUGAGUCCACAGAAAGAGGAUCAAGUGGACAAUGCGUCCUGUGAAGAUGUAGUGAUGAUGGAAGAGAGCCCCGUCAGUAACUGUCCCGUGUGCUGCCAACCGCUGCCUCUCUCACAACACGAGCUGAUUCAACACAUAGAAGAACAUUUUGAGAGGGGUGAAGACGGUGCCUCAUCAGGACUGACUGCAGCUGAAAGGGAAGCUCAGAAAAACAGGGAGGAACAUGAAUUCCAGCUGUUGAGGGCGCAGUACGGCAUGGAGGAGGACGGGGAGGGGUACACGCAGCGCACGUCGCACAGCCUGCGCCGCGCGGUGUACAGCGGCGCGCUGUCAGUGGCCGGCUACUACGAGCGCAGUGUGGGGCUGCGCCGUGCUGCCGCGGGACGGGACCCGGGGGCCUCGCGCACGCAUGGAAUCCUGGAGAGGAUAGCUCAAUUGAAUGCUCAGAAUCCAAGUAUAGUGAAGACUUAUUUGUGCAGCGCGGUGGAUCAUUACGCGAGCACAUACGGAGACAGGGGAUGGGGUUGUGGUUACAGGAACAUGCAGAUGCUCCUGUCCUCUCUGAUGAAGCAUCCUCCGUACGCCGACCUGCUAAAGUGCACGGAUGAGAGGGACUGCGAGUGCGUACCUUCCAUACCGAGACUGCAACUGCUCGUAGAGAGGGCGUGGCAGAAAGGGUUUGAUACUCAGGGAUCAGAACAACUAGGCUCCAAACUUUACAACACUCGGAAAUGGAUCGGCGCGUGUGAAGUGUUCACCGUUCUGUCAUCGCUUAGGAUAAAAUGCCAGCUCAUAGAUUUCCACAAGCCAACAAGCGCGGAUGGAAGUCAUCCUGCGUUGUUCGAUUGGGUGCUAAGAUAUUUUCAAGAUGAUCCCAAUGGAUUUAAGGCACCGUUAUACCUGCAGCAUCAAGGGCACUCCAGGACGAUAAUUGGUUACGAGAAACACAAAGAUGGGAAAGCGACACUACUUGUAUUGGACCCUUCGCAUUCACCAGCUCAGGUGCGCGCGGUGGUGUGCGGCGGCUGGGCGGAGGGCGGCGCGGCGCUGCGGCUGCUGCGGCGCGGCGCGGCGGCUCUGCGCGCCAAGCAGUACCAGCUGCUCGCCGUCGCCGGCACGCUCGCGCACCCCGCCGAGUACGAGGCCAGCAAAGUACUCCAAUCGGUGCGCAUCCCAUAGGAGUCCCGCGGCUCGCUCGCUGUCACGCGACACAACCUAGCCGAAUGUAGGUAACAUUACCCCGCGCUAUACGUACUUACCUAUUACGUUUUAUCUAGUCUUGUGUGUGUUGUUUGAAAAACUUUUUAAACGUCGACAUUAAAAUAGCUUAAUUUAAUUUUUAUGUACUUAACUACAAUAUAUACGAAUGAAACAUGCAACUGAAAUGAAAUUCUAUAGCAUUUGUGACAAAUUAAUGUGCAAGUACUUGCAUAUUUUUCAGUGUUUUUUUAUAUUCAGUCAGGUACUUGUUUAAUGAGUAAUUUUAUUUUCUAUUUAAAUAGUAAUCCCUAUAAUCAAACCUCUUGAAUUUUAACAUUAUAAAAGACAUCCAAAGGUUUAAAAUGGAUUUCAAACAACACAAAAUCCUUUGUCAAUGCAAUUAGCUUAUUUGAUUCGCCAUUCUACCUCUUUAUAGUUUAAUUUUAUUUGUAUUUUAUAAAUAAUUGUAAAAAUUAACGAAUUGUAUAAAAGCUUGUUUUGAACCCGCUUACAAAGCGAAUAACACGUUUGACGAAUAUUUAUGAAUUUAAAUUAACCUUUAGGCCUAUAUUAAAGGAUAUGUUUUGGAGGAAAUUAAUUGUAUGCAAAAUAUAUAUGCAGUAAAUGAUUUAUUAUUUGCCAGAUAAGUCUUUAUGACAUUAGCUUGUCAAAUUGAGUUGCUAGGUGUAAUAAAAUUGGGAAAUUGUGGUGCAAACAUUUUUUCACCUAGUCCUAAGUUGUAGCCGACAUUUCCCCUGAUUUAAAACUUAUAUUUAAUUGCGUAUAAAUUUGUAACUUAUCUAAGAUUUCAGAAAACUAACCCCAGUUAAUAGAUAUUAAUUUAAAAAAGAAAAUUUGAUUAUUAUUUAUGUAUAUUCUUUAAUAAGUGUCCAAUUAAUUUCCUACAAACUAAUCGGUGAAGUUACAAUAAUCAGUAAUAGACGAAGUCUUCAAGAAGGUUGUCAAAUAUUUACUAUUAGAUUUGACAAUUUAAACGUUAUCCAAUGUAAUCUUCAUUAAAGAUAGGCUUUCGAACGUCGCGGUAGUGUCAGACUGUCAGUGACAUUACGUCAAGGUCAGACCAUGUCAAUGACAUCACGCCAAUGUCAGCGGCUUUACUUCAGUGUCAUAAUGUGUCAGUGGCCUGACGCAAGGCCCACCACGACUGACAUGUAACGCGAUGAUCUGACAUCCAUUACGCUUACUUACAGAUGCUUCCCCUACACAUGAUUUAAUAAUAAUAAUAUUUUGUAAUUUGUCCCGCCGUAUUAAUAUAGGUAUUGUUAUAUUUUGAUUUGGAAUUUGGAUAUAAAAAUGCAAAGAUAUUUGCAACGUUAAAAUUCCUAUACAGCUUUACAUUGGGUAUUAUGAAAUCAUGAAAUGAAAAAAUGGUUUUAUAUUAAAGAUAAAUGUGUAGCGACCGAAUAUUUCUGAUAUUAAUUCUUUAUAUAUUAUCCAUCGCAACCUUCACGUAAAGCUAAAGAAUUAAACCAUAAUGCCGAAAUAUUAUUUAAUUUUUGAAUCAAAAUGUAACAAAACAAAUCAGUUACCAUUCAUUCCUAGUAAAUAAUUGAUAAUAGUCUAAAGUCUAGAUUAAAUAUACGAAAAAAUAUCCAUUUAACGAGUUAGCUUUCAUGACAUUGCCUUUGAGUAAAAUUAAGAUAUAAUAAUAAUUGUCGUGGUCUGACUGGUGUAGGUAAAAUUGGCUUAAAACCACAGUUUUGCCGUAAAAAAUAUAUUUUUGCUUAAUAACAAUAGCUAUAAAAUUAUACUGGGUCAGUUUGGAUGAAGCAUCCCGAGGAAUAAGUGCAUAAUUUGAUUUGCAUGUUGCAUUUAUUAUUUAAAAUGGUUAUUACAUAUCAAAUAGACCUACACGGGAAUGUAAAGGUGAAAUAUAUCUUAAAACUAGCUUUUGCCCGCGGCUCCGCCCGCGUUAUAAAGUUUUUCAGGCUAAAGUUUUCCGUUAUAAAUGUAGUAGUUUCCCGGGAGCCUAUGUUCUUCCCAGGGUCUCGAAUUGUCUCCAUACCAAA